AUGCAUAUCGACAAGGAUCCACCCCCUCCGGGGGUCUCCAAGCCCGCACGCGCACAAGGCUCAAAGUGGUAUAGCCGCGAACUCGGGCGAUCUGCGGGCGAUCCGUCGGCAAGCUCGGCUAGCACAGCGCCAGGGAACCCCGGCCCCCUUCCGUCCUCCUACACGGUGAGCUCGGGCACGCAUAUACUCGGUGUUACCCACGCUGCGGAGGACGAAGCCGGCCAGGCAGAACCUAGUCCGGGCGCUUCACGAAAAACCAGGGCUGAGAAAGGGAAGGCGAAGGCAGUCGAGUUCACCCCCGACUCAGACGCCCCGGGAUCAGACGACGACACACCCGGGUUGAUCGACCCGAUCGAAUUCCCGCCCCUGGGUGGCAGCCCAGCACCCGAGGCGUCUACCCCGGCCAAGGUCGGCAAGCCCGCAGACGCGGGGACGGGGGGCACCCAAGGCAAUCAGGACGACCAAUGCGACCUCGACUUCCCCAUGGAGUUCGAGGCUCUGAUGAAAGAGGGUUACGAGCCGGAUGCGGCGCGCCAGAUGCUGCGCGCAGCCGCCGCGGAGGCCGCCGAACGCGAGGCGGCCAAACAGCGCAGGAGGGAGGAAAGACACGCCGCGCGCGAAGCCGAUGAAGCCGCACGCAAGCACGAGAAGGCCGAGCGUCAACGCAAGGAAGCGGAGGAAGUCCGAGAGCGCAACCUCAAGGCCAUCCUAUCCAGCGCGAUCAAGCGGAGGCGAAGCGUCCUCGACUCGAGCAAGGCACAGCUCAAGCGCGCGAAGAAGUCUUUGGGCAAGGUCGGCAAGGCAGCGGCUAGGCGCUUGUCGCGAUCGCCGUCGCGAUCAUCCGCGAGCGGCUCUGAGGACACCGCGGGGGACGAAGAGCUGGAGGAGGACGAAGAUGAGGGUAUG